AUGGGCAUUGAAGCUUUUGCUCGUUCACUAGCACAAGUUCCACAAAUUACGUCUCCCUUCACGCCUUAUCUCUCUUUGCGAGCUGAUCCGCCAGAGUUGGUGCUUGACGUCAUCAUUGCUCUCAGUGAAGUGCGCGACUGUUUCGCUGCCAAGGCAGGCGCAAAGGUGCUGGUGACUUUGUUUAAACGCUUUGCCUUCAUCAUCUUCGAAGGUGUGGGUGCAGCUUCACCUGACGUGACAUCGAAUUACAAGGAGCCGGAGACCGGUGUUGUCCAUCCCUUUGGCCAGCUUGUGGACUCUGCGAGGAUAGACAGCGACCCUAAGUGCAAUGAGUACGUGGCAUAUGACACAUGUCAAAUCGAGCAGCGCUGCCUCGCUUGGAUCAACCCGUAA